ACCCUUUCAAAAUUCUGGAAAUUUAAUUUCUCUCCAUUGCAGUUAACGGAGAAGAAUUUCGCAUAUUUAAUAAAAUAUGCUCUAGAACAGCUACGAUUAGUAAAUGGUAUUAUUUAUCGGUGGGAGCGGCUGGCUACAUCAGUUUAUUAAGUCCACUAGUAACAAAAAUUUUAAGAACUUUGCAUGGAGUCGGAGGAAAUAUGGAGUUACCACAUCAAGUCAGUUACUUCUGGAACAUCUCUACACCCUUGGGCUAUAGUGUGGCUUUUGUCUGGAAUUAUAUAAUGAUAAAUUUUCUAUUCAAUGCUUCAGUGGCCAUUGAUACACUAUUCUUAUGGUUAGCAUCGAAUAUAAUUGUUCGUUUUUGCAUCCUAAAGGAACGUUUUAAAAGAGCGGCCCAACAAGAUCUACCAACUAUAAUGCGUGUUCAUAUUAUAGAGAAUAUUAAGUUUCAUUCUUCGAUAUUGGACAUGGCUCAAGAGUUCGAUUUGAUAUUUGGUGAAAUUAUUUUUCUCAAGUCUAUAGUUAGUUGUACACAAAUUUGCUUUUUAGUUUUUCGUUUUAUGGGAAAAUAUAAUUCCUGGAUUAUGGUUUCAUACAAUUUGUUAUUUUUGAUAGCAGUAGCCAUGCAAUUAUUUUUAUACUGCUACAGUGGCCAGUUGAUAAAAGAAGAGAGCCUUAAUGUUUCCACUAAUGUUUACGAAUCUUUUGCUUGGUGUAAGAUACCAUUGGAAUGCCAGAAAAUGCUACAAAUGAUAAUGUUGCGUUCCCAGAGAUGUGCUAAUAUACAGGGAUUAUUUUUCAAUCUGAACUUGAGCUUAUAUUUAUGGGUGAGUAUUAUCUGGAAAUACCAUACAGUUCCACUUUCAUUUAUUUUCUUAUUAAAGUUUUUCAAAACCGCCGGAUCCUUGAUAGCUGUGCUUCAGACCAUAGAAGGCGUUUGAGGAGAGCACUCCAUGCACCAAAUGUUACCAUCUAUUAGUGUUUUUCAUGAUUAGUGAAUAAAUUAUCGAAUCAUA